ACUCGUUUUCUAGCGGCGUCAUGGCAGGCUACGAUCGAUAGAUUGCUCAGUGAGCUCCCUAACCGAGCAGUUUCUCGUUGCUCGUAUGUUCGAAAUUGAUGUUGGCUUCCCUCUCCUACUGCUCGAUGUGCUCAGACCUCCUUUCCUCGAAAGGGAAUCCAACUUUGCUCGCAUUCAUGCGCGUGGAACACCGUAUUGAUCACUUUUUCCUUCUCAGUUGCUCAGUUCUCAACUUCCAGUUUGGCUGAUGCAGGUACCACUCGAUGAACCAACAGACAACCAAGCUUUUGUACGGAUAGAGCUUCGUCCCGAGCCGUUGCCAUUUCGAAUUUGAAUACUUAUUGCGGUCGAUUGCGGGUGUUGUUCAAGUGUGUGUAAAGUCGAGAGCCGAAGAAUAAAUUGGCUGGCCAGCGCCUGAGAGCCUUUUUUGACGCAGAGCGGCUAGCUAGGAGACGGCCGCCUGUCGCAAAGGAUCAAAAUGGCGGACAACGUUGUGUGCGUCGCGGUGUGCGCUAGAUAAGCUGGAUUUUUACGAGUUUUUGGCCAUUGUUUUGAUUGCCGACUAAUUUGCUUAAACGUCUAACCUCAAAUAAUGAGUGAGACGACAGUGCCGGUCGAGGAAAUGGAGGUGGUGGAGGAAAAUGGUGAAUCCAUCAAAGACUCUAAUGAAUCACCGGGUGAAUUGUCGGAUGGUGAGGAAAUUUCUGCAGAUCUCCCGGAAAUAGAAAUCGAGCCGUGUCGAUUGUGCGACGAUGUUACUGAGAAAAUGUUUAAUAUUUUCGAAGACAACCCCGAAGGCUACCAACUGAUCGGGCUAAUUAAAGAAAACUUGCCAAUAGUGCUGUACAAAACUGAUCCCCUUUCCAAACUUGUAUGCGACAAGUGCGUUCUCAAUCUGCAACUCAUCAGCAGUUUGAAGAAACGAAGCCGGAAAACGCAGGACAAGUAUGUGGAAAAACUGAAAACUGAGGGCGACACAACUGACAAAAACAUACUACUCUUCCUAGGAUGUACCGGAAGCAAGCUUAUUGAAAAUGGCGAUGAGGACGAGGAAGAGGAGGAGGACCUGAAAGAUCAAGCCACAUCUACACAUGAUCUGACCAUUCUAUGUGCCAAUUGCAAAACUGGCAUUCUAGAUGCCAGCACCGUGAACGGUGAAAUUGAGCUUUCCACUGAUCUACACGAAAUGUUACGAGAGUCGUUAAAGAAGAACAGAGUGUUUACAGGUGAAGAAGCUUCACAUUAUGACGACAUUGAUAUUCCAAGCGAUAUUGAGAGCAACGAGUCCAAUGAAAAUCAUCCAGCAAAACGAAGAAAAAUUGACAAAUCCUCCAAAGAGAUUCAAGACGAAAUCAACCAGGAAUUAGCCAAAAGAAAGACAGAAGACAAUGGAACUGAUGAUAGUUCCGAGGAGAAAGAUAAAGACAGCGAGCACACGUUUGAUGACUCAGAUGGGGAACUAAAUGAAAAAUCUGAUGAAGAGCGCAAAGCUGAGCAAGACCGAAUUGCCCAAAUUAAGACAACGUGUGUGAACAUAUUUAAAGAAGAGCCAGAGUUCACUUUCGAGCCCUUAUCACUCAUGGAGUUGACGGUAGCCUACUUCAAUGAACGUAACGUUCCUAAUUACGAAGCGAUCUAUUGCAAACGAAUACCGAGUCAUCCUACUUGCAAAAUUUGCCAUAUAAUAUUUAAAAAUAGUAAACUGCUGGCAGUGCAUGAAACAACCCACAUGGAAGUGGAUAUUGAUGAAAGAAUUGAUCAACCAAAACCUUGGCCCAAUGAACAUCCCUUUGCGAAAAUCCGAAACAAAUGGCUCACUAAUUUUGAUGAGGUCGUGUACGAUGCAGACGAGGAGGCUGAGACUAAUCAGGAAACUGUUGUGAGAGCAGAAGAAGAUGCUACACUGUUGGUAGAGGAUACAGGAAAAACUUUAGAUGCAUCUAAAAAUGACGAAGUUGUCUUAGUUGGUAUGAAACCUAUGGUGAAUGGCAUUUAUUUAGGAGACUAUACCAAAGAAGAAAGAAAGGCUUUUUACCAGUGCAUGAGAAUAGGAGGUCAAACAAAAAGGUUUUGCGCACUGUGUAGAUACUGUUUUAAAGAUAAUUGGGCCAUUGAGAGCCACUACUUUUCAUUUGCCUGCUUCUACACUUGCAGAUAUUGUGGAAUGAGAUUCAAUAAGCAAAGGCACAGGUUUGACGAACAUGUUCAAGAUCACAAAAAGCACGAGCAUUCUCUAUCUGACAAGAUAUAUACUGCUAGCAAACUCAACAAUACCUUGCCCAAAAUAAUUCAACCUGAUAAAGUGAAGAAAAUAGUUCCUGGGGAACCGGAAAAACCAAGAGAGAUCAGAUUGGAGGAUUACUCAUCGCCACCUGUAAUAAUGAAGGGAGGAUUCGAUCAAAGAAAUAAACAAUCCAACGCAACGCAAACGUCCUCGCCCAACUUGAACAGUUUGGUGAAGGUCAAGGAAGAACCAAAGGACCUAGUUAAUCCCCAAAGCAAAACUCAAAAUCAAGCAUACUUCUGCAGAAAGUGCUAUAAGGUAUUCUUCAAAUUGGACGAAUUCAAUGCCCACAGCAAGAACUGUGAUUAUAACAGUUACGCGCCUGGUUUCGGGCCUACCAUGAAGCCGGGAAUGCCAGGCCCAUCGUCCAAACCAAAUCCACAGGUGAAAGUUAAACAAGAACCUGGUACAGAACCCAAAAUCAAUGGCGAUAUGAGCACGGCAGGCCGGCCCGUCCGGAAUUGCGCUCGUGAUAUUGGACCUUACAAGGAUGAAGUAUACAUUCCCAAGCAAAUUCUCAAUGAGACUGUACCGGGCCCACCACAAAGCUUCAUUUGUCACAUUUGUGGUACACCAUUCCCCACAAUUUAUUCGCGUAACAGCCAUAUGCGAAUUCACAAAGGCGAACCCCAAGGCGGCGCUGCUAAUGGGGGGCCCAACCCCCAAAUGAUAAUGCAACAAAACAUUUUGAAGCAGCGGUUGCAGCAACAGCAAACCUUCCAAAUGCAAAAGGCAGCCUUACAACAGCAGCAAAUCCAGCAGAAGCAAAUGCUACGUCAAAAACAGAUACAGCAAAGAGUGCAACAGCAACAACAGCAAAACUAUAGUCAAUAUGAAGAAAUUCGGGUCAAAGAGGAGCCCGUGGACAGUUUUGAGCCAAUGGUGGAAAUUCACGAAGGGCAUGAAAGAUCACCGUCGCCUCCUUCAUUGCCUAGGGAAAUAGGAGGAGGUGCAGUAUCACUAACACCAAUUAUAAAGAAACCCGCAUUGAACCCUAAUAUUUUGAAACUGGUAGAAAACAAUCCCAAUAUCAGUUUGGUAACGAAACGAGCAUCCUCGUCUCCGGUACAACGAUCCCACGGGGGCAACAUUAUCAAAAAUGCGGGCGGUUAUCAAGGACCAUAUGCGCCUGCCAAUCAGCCCAAUAGUGGCCCAGCAGCGAACUUUAUCACUGUUGCACCCAAUCUUAUGCUCAAUGAUGAUAAAUCCUACAAGUGCUCUAGUUGUUGGGAGGCCUUUUCAAACAAAUCGCAUUUGUACUUUCACAAGAAAAAUCAGUGCGAAGGAUCUCGAUUUCCCUGUCCAUUCUGUAAGAAACGGUUUGGAACGGAGGCAGCGUACAGUUCUCACAUAUUCUAUUCUCACCCUGAGUAGAAGUCAAACUUUGUACAGUUGUUGGGCAAUGAAAAGUGUCUGCGAUAGGGACACGACUUGGAAACAACCGACCUUAAAGUGUGAGCAGAAUUAAACCAAAUUUUGUCACGAAUAUGAAAGACUGAACUGAACUUUGUCUUUAUUGCUUUAUUGUAUAUAGAUAGUAUAUUGAUAUGAAAUUCAAUGAUGAACAUGAAAUAUAAAUGCAACCAAAGUGGAUGAAAGUAAUGUUUUUAAUUAUGCAGGAAUACGAUUACGAUUUCUUCCUUUUUGUGUCACGCACAAAAAUGAACCGAAAAAAGUUUAGAGCCUAUGUAGGUACACAUCUAUCUGUAAAAUAUACUCGUUUAACUAUGUUUUAUAGUCCGGUCUCGAUUUAAGUGCGUUAUGGUAAAGUAAUGUUAGAAGUAAGUUUUAUUAGCGAGAACAACCACAAUGAGCCAAACUAUUUGCCACCCUGCCUAUCAGGAACGUUAGCGCUUGAUUGGAAACAGUUCUGGUAGAGGAUUUUGUAAAUAUGUCCUAAUAAAAUUGACUAUUUUAAUAUG